CUUUGUUGUGAGCCCGGGACAGCAACGUUUGCUGCUCCCCACCAGCCUUGCAGCGUUUGGUCUGGUCACUAGGAAGGCAGCAGAAAAGAGAAACUUGCUUUGAACUUCACCUGGAGCCUUUGGUCUCCCUCUUUUCCAAAAUUAAGAAGGAGAGGGAUGUUUACCUGCCCUCUGCUGCACUCCAAGGGCUCCCUUAUGAAGGUGACUUUCUGGAUUCUUGCAGGUUUUUACCUGCUUUUCUGCUGCAAAGCAGAAGAGGGGCUAAAUUUCCCCACUUACGAUGGGAAAGACCGAGUGAUCAACCUGAAUGAGAAGAACUACAAGCAGGCCUUGAAGAAGUAUGACAUGCUCUGCCUGCUCUUCCAUGAGCCUGUGGGCUCUGACAAGGUCUCCCAGAAGCAGUUCCAGAUGACAGAGAUGGUCCUGGAGCUGGCAGCUCAGGUCCUGGAGCCCAAAAGCAUCGGCUUUGGGAUGGUGGACUCCAAGAAGGAUGCCAAACUUGCUAAAAAGUUAGGCUUGAUUGAAGAGGGAAGUCUCUAUGUCUUUAAGGAGGAGAGGUUGAUUGAAUUUGAUGGGGAACUGGCCACGGAUGUCUUGGUGGAAUUCCUCUUGGAUCUGCUAGAAGACCCUGUGGAGAUCAUAAACAGCAAGCUGGAGCUUCAGGCCUUUGACCAAAUUGAUGAUGAAAUCAAACUCAUCGGCUACUUCAAAGGAGAAGACUCUGAACAUUACAAGGCAUUUGAAGAAGCUGCUGAACACUUCCAGCCGUACGUCAAGUUCUUUGCCACCUUUGACAAAGGGGUUGCUAAGAAGCUAGGUCUGAAGAUGAACGAGGUGGACUUCUAUGAGCCGUUUAUGGAGGAGCCUGUUCACAUCCCUGACAAGCCUUACACAGAAGAGGAGCUGGUUGAGUUUGUGAAGGAACACAAAAGGGCCACCUUGAGGAAGCUGCGCCCGGAGGACAUGUUUGAGACGUGGGAGGAUGACAUGGAGGGAAUCCACAUCGUGGCCUUUGCUGAAGAAGAUGACCCAGAUGGUUUUGAGUUCCUGGAAAUCCUGAAGCAGGUUGCCAGGGACAACACGGAUAAUCCUGACCUGAGCAUUGUCUGGAUUGACCCCGACGACUUCCCUCUGCUGAUCACUUACUGGGAGAAGACCUUCAAGAUUGACCUGUUCAGGCCACAGAUUGGGGUGGUGAAUGUAACGGACGCUGACAGCAUCUGGAUGGACAUCAGAGACGAUGAUGACCUGCCCACAGCUGAGGAGCUGGAGGACUGGAUAGAGGACGUGCUCUCUGGGAAGAUAAAUACUGAAGAUGAUGAUGACGACGAUGAUGACGACGAUGACGACGAUGAUGACGAUGACGACGAUGAUGACGAUGACGACGACGACGAUGACGACGACGAUGACGAUGACUAACUGUGGCUCUGUGCAGUCUGACUUGUGGGGGCCGAGAGGCCUCCCUCUGUGGCAGGUCCCUCCAUCGGAAGACCUGUGUUUGAGCGUCAGCAAGCACCGCUGCUCCUCCCUGCCCCUGCCCCGCUCCCCCUGCCCCUGCCCGGAACCCCGGCCUGAUUCUCAGCGGUGCUGAGCCACCGGCACUGCCCCCCCUCUGGUGGGGGGCACCUGCAGGCACCCAGCACCGCUGCAAAUCACGCCCCCUUAGUAAGGACAAUAGGAAACUGCAGGGAAUCCUCCCUGAGUGUCCCAGGGCAGGAGAAAAGUGCCUGCCUGCUCUCUGCCAGAGGGACACAGGGAGACAAUUUCUAUUUUCCACGCUCAUUGUCCCAGCACUUAACAUCCAAAGACCAAAUCUCACUUCAAGACAUAGGGAAGGCCACUGUAAAGUUUAGUCCUUUUCUCAAACACGAUGCCCUUUGCAGCUACUC